UAUAUAUCGGUGAAUUCCUAACCUCGCAAUAAUAGCUAUAUGCAAUAUAUGUCUAUCAAAACAUAAUAAGCGUCAUGUCGUCAAGAAAAGCAUCGUUGGCCAGUUCGUUACGAUCGACGGCUUCUUCAUUACCAAUAAUGAGCCGGAUAAAAUGAAGAAACACAAGGCCCACAAGGCUACAGCUUUGAGAGUAGAAAAUUCCUUAGCCUCUAGUGUCGCGAAGGAUUGUGGAAAUGCAUGCGACCAGUGGCACGCAGGGCGACCUGCACAUUCAGCUCUCUUUUCAUUCAGCGCACUGUAAAUAAACUGAGCAUUAGAGGCAGAGUUUACGAAAUUACACCUUUUCACUGCACACUUGCUUCCUGUCAUUAGCGUUUAUAGACUGCACACAAAUGCUAGCAUGAUAAUGCACAACUAAAGCAACCUUGAGAGAAUCAUCAAAUACAUAUCAUGAAACUAAGGAUUUUUGCAACAGACAAGCGAAUGUUAAAAUACUCACAAUCCAAGUAUUAUUUUAAUGAUGUUUUACUCUAAAUUGAAGCUGUGAAAGGACCAAUUUAUAUUGUGAUUAUACGUAUCAUUAUGAUUCAAUACAAUACUCAACAACUUUUAGGUUUGCCAAAGUCAGCCAUCUGUGAAAAUAAAAAUUAAGAAAUGUUGCCAUCAACCAAAAGUGCCCGAGUCAACCGUCGAUUAGUUUUGACGUUAGCUGCCGGUGUCGUUUGUGGAUUCCUAUCAGCAUGUCUUUUCAUCACAGCUACCAGGGACAUGCCCCAUAUGUUAUACUGGUUUCCCACUGGUUCUUACAGAGACCCUCAUCAUUAUUCGCAACUGGAGCGAGAGGUUGGACCAGAUGUCGAGGUAUCGUUUCACGGUAACGACGAAGACUUUCAUAAGGGUGAAGACAGGGUAGCGCAGGAAAUGGCGAAAAAGGUGCGGGUCCUGUGCUGGGUCAUGACUGGCCCGAAAAAUCACCAGACCAAAGCUAGGCACGUAAAAGCAACAUGGGGCAAGCGUUGUAACAUUCUACUAUUUAUGAGUUCCGUAGAAGAUCCUAGCCUACCAACUGUUGUACUGCCAGUUAAGGAAGGUAGGGAUAACUUGUGGGCAAAGACCAAAGAAGCAUUUAAAUAUACGUAUGAAAACUACAAAGACAAAGCGGACUGGUUUCUCAAAGCCGACGAUGACACGUACGUGAUAGUAGAAAACUUACGCUACAUGCUAUCUCCGCACUCGCCGUCCUCGCCUCUGUACUUUGGCUGCCGUUUCAAGCCUUUCGUAAAGCAAGGCUACAUGAGCGGUGGUGCGGGCUACGUCCUGAGUCGCGAAAGUCUACGUAAGUUCGUCGAGGAGGGCCUGCCAAACAGUACGCACUGUCGACAAGAUGCCGGUGGCGCCGAGGAUGUCGAGAUGGGCAAGUGUCUCGAGCGCGUAGGUGUUCGCGCGAUGGACACCCGUGAUCUCCAUGGACGCGGGCGAUUCUUCCCAUUCGUACCGGAGCACCAUCUCAUACCCAAUCAUGUUGAUAAAGACUUCUGGUACUGGAAGUACAUCUAUUACGAGGCAAAGGAUGGCCUUGAUUGCUGCUCGGACAGCGCCGUGUCCUUCCACUACGUUAGUCCGAACAUGAUGUACGUGCUGGAAUAUUUGAUUUAUCACUUGAGACCUUACGGAAUUAAUCACGCGAUCGAGGAGCUGCCUACGGGCAGCGAUCGGCCUGCUCGUCGAUGAUGUCGAUGAGAGAUUUAGAGUCUAGUCGUGCUGUACACAAUUGUUUGUUUUUGUCUUUUAUGCGUGGGAUGAUUUUUUUAUUGAUUUUUUGUUUAGUUUUCUUCGAUCUUACGAGAAAGCAUUAGAAUGUUUUCUGGAUUCAAGUUCGAAACUUGCCUUAGCUGAAGAGAACAAGUAAUUAAAGGGUUUUCCUUUCAAAUUAUUUUCUAAGAGAUUGUCCGCAACGGACUCAGAAUAGCGUAUAAGACGGAUUUUAAAAAUUUAUUCAUUAUCUACCCUGGUAAAAGGCUUCUUUAAGCUAUUAUAUCAAGGCUAUGAUACAAUCAACUGCCUUUUUGUAGUUUAUUUUUUUUUAUUUUUAAUAGACUCAAGAUAGUUAGAAUACGGUUCACACAUAUGCUAGAAAAAGUGUAUAAACAGAAUACGACUCUGCACUGAUUAUCGAGAAAGUAUGAAAUAGAGAGUUUUUAAGUACUUAUAAAUAAACGUUGAUUCUCCUAA